CUGUAAAUGUGAAUCUGCGUGUGACAGCUGUCAAAAUUAUAAUAUGGUAAUAAAGUGUCUUUACAGAGAAUAAUCUUUCUAGGCACUUCUAUACAUCGAUUUUCAAAGUAGUUGUUUAGAGAAAAACCUAAAGUGUUUCAUUUGCACGGUUUUCAAAUAAAAAUAUUAUCCAAGAAGGAUGACAAUGGGCGAUGAGACUCCAGUUACAUCACUUGUUCUUCCUGUAAUAUUAAGGCCAAUAUUGGCAAAGUUGGAGAGGCAAAAUGUUAUGGCUGCGCAAACAUUACGAACGGCAUUAUCGAAAGCUGAAAAUGCUCAUCCUGGAAUAACUUACGAUUUAGUUUUGGGAAUCGUACGACGAGCUGAAUUGAAUCUUGAUAUGAAUGAAAGUGUUCUUCGAUUACAGGGUAGCGCUUCAGAUUGUGAUGUUGUCGAAUAUCGUUCAGCACGAUCAGAAGAUGCAUUUCAAGAGCUUAAUCGCAAAUCAACUUCAUUGAAGAGGAUACUCAGUAGAAUUCCCGACGAAAUAACAGAUCGAAAAACAUUUCUUGAAACUAUUAAAGAGAUUGCAAGUGCAAUAAAAAAAUUAUUGGAUGCUGUGAAUGAGGUGACGGCAUUUAUCCCAGGAUCGGCUGGAAAACAGGCUUUGGAUCAACGUAAACGAGAAUUUGUUCGUUACAGCAAACGUUUCAGUAAUACCCUGAAGGAAUACUUUAAAGAGGGACAAGCGAAUGCUGUUUUUAUCAGCGCAUUGUACUUAAUUCAUCAGACAAAUAUGAUAAUGGUAACGGUAAAAGACAAAUGUGAAUAAUUCGAUAGUAUGUUAAAAAGUAGUACACGAUAUAAUAUUAACAGUUAUAUAUAUUACAUUAAAUAAUGUUUUUUCUUAUAAUAAAUGUUUAACAACAAAAAAAUUA